CAUCCUCUCACUCAACAAACUCCCGUCACGGUGGACGAUUGUCCGGUGAUUGCAAACAAAAUUUUAAUAUAUUUUUUGCUCAUUUUUAUCUACUCGCUCUACGUGGGCGAACUGAAGGUGGUAGAUAUUCGCGGUCAACAUGGAAGUCUUUCUAAAGUGUUCUUAUCUGCAGUGUUUGGUGGUGUCUUUGACAUUAGUUAUAUCGAUGGUGUCUACGGUUGAGCCCGACAUUCCAUGUGACGACUGCUGGCGUUUCUCUUGCGAGGAUGCGAAUGGAUUUACCCACGAUGACGGCAGCAGUUGGUUCCCUGACGAGUGUCACCAGUGUACGUGCAACAGAGGUCGUGCUACGUGCAACAAGUUCGAGGUGGCGUGCCCUGCCAGGCCCUUGAGUUACUGCACGGAAGUUCCUGGCCCCUGUUGCCCCAAGUGGAACUGUACGGUCGCUCGCGGGUGUACUGAAGGUGGAGUGUACCAUGAACUGUUCAGCACAUGGCAGAGGAGUCCCUGUAUUACACACGUAUGUACAUCUGCCGGUGUAUUGAAAAUAACAAAAGACUGUCCUCCACAACCCCAUGCCAACUGUGAGAAGGUUGUUAUAGAGGGAGAGUGUUGUCCAGAGUGGAAGUGUGGUAUUGGCUGUACUAAUGAUGACGGAAGUUACCGAGAAUUGUACAGCUCCUGGCAGACGGAUCCCUGCAUAGUUCACAUCUGUACCCACGUUGGGGUACUCAAUGUAACUAGACAGUGUAAACCCAAACCUCACCAUAACUGUCAGAAAAUUAAUGUUCGAGGAGAAUGUUGUCCAAACUGGAAGUGUGGGCCAGAUUGCACAUUGGUUAGGUGUGCGGGUCCACCCAGUGGCAACUGCUUCCCAUACAGACCACCGCUGGCAUGCUGUAACGAGUGGAAUUGCAGUGGAUGUGUUGACGAGCGAGGAGUCCAGCACGAGGUGGGAAGCCAGUGGACGAAGGAUCCCUGCACCACCUCGCUGUGUACCGAGGCUGGCAUUAAGGAUGUCCGGAAAUACUGUCCCCCAUUACCGCCCCGUCCAGGCUGCUCUCCCCAUACACCCAGGGGGGAGUGCUGCCCCGUGUGGAACUGCAGUGGGUGUGUUGACGAGCGAGGCGUGGAGCACGAGGGGGGAAGCCAGUGGACGAAGGAUCCCUGCACCACCUCGCUGUGUACCGAGGCUGGCAUUAAGGAUGUCCGGAAAUACUGUUCCCCAUUACCGCCCCGUCCAGGCUGCUCUCCCCAUACACCCAGGGGGGAGUGCUGCCCCGUAUGGAACUGCAGUGGCUGUGUUGACGAGCGAGGCGUUGGGCACGAGGUGGGAAGCCGGUGGACGAAGGAUCCCUGCACCACCUCGCUGUGUACCGAGGCUGGCAUUAAGGAUGUCCGGAAAUACUGUCCCCCAUUACCGCCCCGUCCAGGCUGCUCUCCCCACACACCCAGGGGGGAGUGCUGCCCUGUAUGGAACUGCAGUGAUUCGCACGAGGUCCAUGAAGCGGGAAGCCAGUGGACGAAGGAUCCCUGCACCACGUUAAUAUGUACCCAGACUGGUAUCAAGGAGGUACGGAAGCACUGUGACCCACUACCCCCGCCACCUCGUCCAGGCUGCUCUCCCCACACACCCACCGGAGAAUGUUGCCCCGUUUGGAACUGCAGUGGGUGUGUUGACGAGCGAGGCGUGGAGCACGAGGUGGGAAGCCGGUGGACGAAGGAUCCCUGCACCACCUCGCUGUGUACCGAGGCUGGCAUUAAGGAUGUCCGGAAAUACUGUUCCCCAUUACCGCCCCGUCCAGGCUGCUCUCUCCAUACACCCAGGGGGGAGUGCUGCCCCGUAUGGAACUGUAGUGGGUGUGUUGACGAGCGAGGCGUGGAGCACGAGGUGGGAAGCCGGUGGACGAAGGAUCCCUGCACCACCUCGCUGUGUACCGAGGCUGGCAUUAAGGAUGUCCGGAAAUACUGUUCCCCAUUACCGCCCCGUCCAGGCUGCUCUCUCCAUACACCCAGGGGGGAGUGCUGCCCCGUAUGGAACUGCAGUGGGUGUGUUGACGAGCGAGGCGUGGAGCACGAGGUGGGAAGCCAGUGGACGAAGGAUCCCUGCACCACCUCGCUGUGUACCGAGGCUGGCAUUAAGGAUGCCCGGAAAUACUGUUCCCCAUUACCGCCCCGUCCAGGCUGCUCUCCCCAUACACCCAGGGGGGAGUGCUGCCCCGUAUGGAACUGCAGGGAUCCGAUUGCCGAUUUUAGUGGAUGUGUUGACGAGCGAGGCGUUGGGCACGAGGUGGGAAGCCGGUGGACGAAGGAUCCCUGCACCACCUCGCUGUGUACCGAGGCUGGCAUUAAGGAUGUCCGGAAAUACUGUCCCCCAUUACCGCCCCGUCCAGGCUGCUCUCCCCAUACACCCAGGGGGGAGUGCUGCCCCGUAUGGAACUGCAGUCGAACCCUCAAUGGCUGUGUUGAUUCGGCUGGUGUCAGCCAUGAACUAAGCAGUCAUUGGAGCACAGAUGAUCCUUGCACGACCCUGCUGUGCACCACUGAUGGAAUCAAAAGAAUCUUCAAUCACUGUGAAUCUCGCCCACCGCCAUACCCAAGCUGCUUUCUGUACACUCCACCAGGGGAGUGUUGUACAUCAUGGAACUGCAGUGGCUGUGUGGACAGUAGCGGCGCGUACCAUGUUCUGUACGACACCUGGAGUCUGGACCCGUGUACCAGGCUCCUCUGUACCACUGGAGGGAUAGGAAAGAUGAAGGCAGAGUGCGUGCUUGGAGACCCUCCACACAUUAGUUGCAGAAGACACACUCCAGCGGGCGAAUGCUGUCCAAAGUGGAAAUGCAGCACCUCGUUAUACAAGAGAUAACUACCCACCUGGAACCUGUUUUCUGUCGUGGUUAAAAUAGCUAAUAUAUUGUUAAUUUUAGUUGUAAAUUAUAUUUUCUAAUUAUUAUUAAACUGGCAAUUUGA